CUUCGAUCUUAUACUAUGACAACAAAAAUACCAAGUAUUGACAAGAUCUGCUGCCGCUGCCAAUACAAUAGCAUCAAUGUUAAAACAGUUAACUCUUUCGGUUUCAUCAAACAUCUCUUCUUUACCACGCAUUUUCACAACGCACUCCAAUAAACUACCUCAGUUUUGCGGCAAUUUCGACAAACAUGAGAUCACAAUGGCCUCGAAAAUUUUGGUCAUUUCAAUCAGUCUUUCCAUCGAAGAAUUAAAGACGGGGAUGAUAUCAAGUGGGGUCUUUAGGAAGCGGGGUACAAUCGAGCUACGGAGAUUAUCGCGGUGGAUGAACAUUGACAGGAGUACGCCGAUGCUCAAGGGAGGGGGUGCCAGCGGAAGUGCAGGGACGAAGGCGAACUGGGAAGCGAAAGGUUUAUUUCGGCCAUUGGAGAACAGAGUGUGGAAGGCACGGCAGAGAGGAUAGUGUGGGUAUUAUUGCAAUCCUGAGAAGGAAAGGUGCUAACAACGAUAUGGGGCGAAUGCGGAAGUGAGGGUUUGGAUCGGUCUUCGGAGGACAGAGUGUCGAUGGUGUUGCAGUGAAAGAGAACAACGUGAAACUUAUUACGACUCCUAAGAGAAGAGAUGCUAAAAACGUUGCAGGGUGAAAGUAGAGUGUUGGAGACGGGUUGGAGGGGCUGCU